GGGCAGAGUGCUGCGCAUGCGCACUGGGGCCUCGUGUUAAGAAUGGUCUCUGGCGCGCGCCUCGCUGUAGGUUAAACAAGUGUCGAGAAAAACUGCACUUUUUCUUUGUGAGGUGGACCAUAAAUUGAUGGGAGAUACUGGGUUGCACAAAGGAGAUCUGAUACGUGGUAUGUUGAACACUGAGUCCCCGGUCAUGGAGAGUAACGGGGAUGCGCUACUUCCGGACCCCGCACUGGGACAAACGGGCGAGUGGCCUCUGGACCAGGUGGCUCCGGAUGCAAUGAACAACAUGGUCGCCAACGAGAACCAAGAAGUGCCACAGCAGAAGACGGUGGAGCAGGUUCAGUUUAGCAGCGCUCAGAUCAUCCUACAGGAAAACACGGCACCGCAACCCCCUGAAGUUCCACCACCUCCUGCGGAGCCAGACACGACACACCAGCCAAUGACGCUGGAGUCUAAGGACGACAGUGAAGAUGCAACACAGCCAGCAGAAGAUGGUAUGGAGCUGGAGGAACCUUCCAAAGAAGCAGAUUCUGAAGUGGCUCCUUCCCUCGAGUCUCAGCUGCCCAGUGAAUUUGAGAAGCUCUUCACUGGCUGUCAGGACAACCCAGAGGACUUCAACGCUUGGGUCUAUCUCCUGCAGUAUGUAGAGCAAGAGAAUUCCCUUGACGCGGUCAGAAAGGCGUUUGACCAUUUCUUCCUGCGGUAUCCCUACUGUUAUGGCUACUGGAAGAAGUACGCCGACCUGGAGAAAAAACACGAAAAUAUUCAAGUCGCUGAAGAGGUGUAUAGACGUGGACUACAGGUGAUCCCUCUCAGUGUAGAUCUGUGGCUGCACUACAUGACCUUCAUCAAAGAGAACUCUGACCCCAACGACCCGGAAACAGAAGGCCGCAUUAGAGCGGCGUAUGAACACGCAGUCCUGGCGGCCGGGACAGACUUCCGCUCAGACCGUCUCUGGGAGUCGUACAUUAACUGGGAAAUCGAGCUUCAGAAACUGUCCCAUGUCACAGCCAUCUACGACCGCCUCCUGGGGAUCCCCACACAGCUGUACUCCCAGCACUUCCAGAAGUUCAAAGAGCACGUGCAAAACAACCACCCCAAACACUUCCUGGCGGAGGAGGAGUUUGUGCAGCUCAGAGUGGAGCUGUCUAAGGCCAGUCUGUCUUCGAUGGUCGGAGAGGACGGAGACGUCGCUGUGCCCCCCGAGGAGCUGCCCCCGGGCACAGACGACCUGCCCGACCCCGCCAAGAGAGUGACGGAGAUUGAGAAUAUGCGGCACAAGGUCACAGAGGUGCGACAAGAAAUCUUCAACCACAACGAACAUGAAGUCAGUAAGCGCUGGGCUUUUGAGGAAGCGAUAAAAAGACCGUACUUUCACGUCAAAUCCUUAGAGAAGACUCAGCUGCAAAACUGGAAGGAGUAUCUGGAUUUUGAAAUAGAAAAUGGCACCCCGGAGCGAGCCGUAGUUCUGUUUGAAAGAUGCCUCAUCGCUUGUGCUCUCUACGAGGAAUUCUGGAUCAAGUAUGCGAAAUAUCUAGAGAGCUACAGCACGGAUGGAGUGAGGCAUGUGUAUAAGAAGGCCUGUACUGUUCAUCUGCCCAAGAAACCGACCAUCCAUCUGCUGUGGGCGGCGUUUGAGGAGCAACAAGGUCAAGUAGAAGAAGCGCGUAGCAUCCUGCAGUCCCUGGAGACCAUAAUCCCGGGGCUGGCCGUGGUGCGUCUGCGGAGGGUGAGUCUGGAGCGGAGACACGGGAGGAUGGAGGAGGCGGAGGCUCUGCUGACCGAGGCUCUGACCACAGCGAAAACGCCGACCGAGGCUUCGUUUUACGCCGUGAAACUGGCACGACACUUCCUCAAGGUGCACAAGAGCCAGGAGCAGGCCAAGAAGACGCUACAGGACGCCAUCGAGAGAGACCCGGCGAAUCCUAAACUUUAUUUAAACCUCCUGGAGCUGGAGUACAACGGCGACAUCGCUCAGAACCAGACCGAGGUCAUGUCCUGUUUCGAUCGAGCCAUAAAGAGCCCGAUGCCGCUGGAGUCCCGCCUCCUCUUUGCCCAGCGCAAAGUCGAGUUUCUGGAGGACUUCGGCACAGACGUCAAUGUGCUGGUCGCUGCUCAUGAUGAACACAUUAAACUAAAGGAGGAAAGUGAAUCAUUAAAGAGGAAGGCGGAGAGCGUGUACGACGGCACUGGGGAGCCUGAUGCAAAGAAGCAGAGGGUGGAGGACGGCACAGAACCCACCGAUCCUGCAGCAGCUGCUGCCAUGACGGACAUGACGGCGAAUAACUCUGCCUACAACUACAACUGGUACCAGCAGUACGGCACUUGGGGUCAAAACUCGUGGGGACAGUACAACCAAUACGCCCAAUACAACCAGUACUACCCUCCCCCUCCCACAUGAUCGUCACGUUUGAUCUGAAGAGACUGGAGCCAGCGUCCGACCUGCACCUGCCCCUGCCCCACGGAGACGACGGGACCCAUUUUAACAGACUCAAGGAGCGGCACGUGUUACUAAGAUACUGGAGAACUGACUUUACUAUAGUGUUUUCCAUCGAUGAAGACCAAGAUGGCGUCUCAUACCAUUUUUUGUAAUUUUUUUUUUGUUAAAUUUGGUUACUUCUUAUAGUACACAAACAAAAUAGCAAAGCAAAUUGGUAUAAUUUUCAUAUUCUGUUGUACUAAACCUAAAAAUAGCUGUAAAAGUGCCACUAAAAUAUUUUCUCCUAAUUUUGGAUUAUAGAUUUGCUGUUAAACUGUUUAUUAGGAAUGCAAAGUUCUGUUUAUGCCAAUUUAAGUUGCAUUUUUGAUCAGAAACAAACGGAAAAAUGUAAACUUUAAGAACCAGUACAUUUGAAGGUUUGAUUUUGAUAUAAUUCUGAAUACCAGGCAAAAUGUUACUGGCAAAAUGGCAACGGAACUUACAAAAACAUCACAUUUCUACUUAAUAAAGCGUAUAAAAAUUCAUGAAACUUUAAAUUGUUAAGCUAAAACAUCGUAAAUGCCACUUUUACGGUCCGUAUCUAUGGAAACACUGUUGUACCCUGAGUCCUCCUUGAAUGCCUUGUUCACAAAUCUGUAUAAAACUCCAUUUCCAAACAGUGACACUUUUGAGUAGCAUGUGACGUAUGUGAAGGCAGGUUUCAGUUUCCUCUGGUAAGACUUUUAUUUUUAGAUUGGAUGUUUUGGUUCAGUCUCUUUAAAUUUGUAAAAAGGAGCGUGUUCUACGUCUUGUUGAACUGAUGCAUAUGAAUGACUUUUAAUAUCACAUGGUUUGCAAAAGGAAGAUGAAGGUUGUUUUUUUAUUUUGACUUGAUUUCAUAAUAAACCAGUAACUUGUGAGAAA